AUGCUUCUCCAAACACUCCAAAACUAUACGCGCACUUUUGGGUACACCUGGCGAACGCUGCAAAGCCUGGGCUGGCAAGGUGCCUCGCUGUUCAGCGCCUCGCAGGAAAGGAGAGAGAAAUCCGCCAGCUCUGUGCCUGCUGAUCGACUGCACCCGUCGCAGGUUCUGGCCGUCAGGGUGCGCUGCACCCGCGGCCUCUAUCUUGCAGCCGUUCCAGGCCCUGAGCUAGGCAGGGACGAACGCUGCCUCCGCGCGCUGAAAAGACAGCGUGGUGCGGUGAACUCCACGGUUUUGCUGCUGCACUUGCCUGAGGUUGCCGAAGGGCCUUGGAAGCUCACCGACCUCCAAGGGAGAAUCCUUCGCAUAGAGGCCGCCGUGGAAAGCACCGUGCCGCAGGGUGCCAACGACGAUGAGGCCGCCUGCCCCCAACACCUAUCCGUCGCUUUUGAGGCUGGCGGGACGGACGCGCAGCGAGCGGUCGUAUAUAUUCGUGUAGGAGCACGUUACCUUUCAGCGAAUCCUAGGUCUGGGAGCGUGGUGGCAGACAAAGUGCAUGCAAAACGCUGGGAAUGCUUCCAGUUGGAGCUCCUUCCAACGUUUGGAAUCGAGCGUUCCUUGACGCUUACCUGCCGAUUCGCGGCAUUUAUCCGCACAAGGAACUAUUAUGGAAGGGAUACAGGAUGGUUAUGGUGCGGAGUGCUCUUCACUGGACAACUUGUCGCGCUGCCGUGGCAUCAUGAACAUCGCGCGAAGCGCAGUUCUCAGAGUGUCCAACCGUCGCCAUUCUUCUUUGAAUACGCAGACAUGUCCCGAACCGCACUGAUUCGAGAUGUCUCUGGUCGAUAUUUGCUCGCGACACAUGAUUGCGGUAAGCAUGUGAUUGCGCAUUCAAAUCUACCACAUGCUGCGGAGUACUUUGUGGUGCGUGCAUACCCACGCAAUAUCAUUCAACUCGAAUCCCGAUGGGGCUUCCUUUGCGCAGACCAGUCGCGGAUGGGACCAAGCGGCUUUUUCAGCGUCCGAUGUGAUCGCAAGCAGGCUGGCCCAUGGGAGACUUUUCAGAUCAUUCCCGUGAUGUACACGGGAUCAUUAGCGGAUUGGUGGCAAUCUCAAUUGGAGCUCGAGGAUGCGGCGUCUGAGCGGAGGUUGCAAACUCUGGAUUCGCUGGAGAUCGACACGGUGAUUGAGCUCAGCGAAGGGACGCAUCGCAGAGUACGCGCCUCCGCCUCUGUGCCUGGUGUCAGCGAAUCCGUCGCCUUUCAAACCGUUACAGAUUAUGAACAUUAUGGCAAGUUUUGCCGAGGCGUCGAGCAAUGUCGAAUCGUCGAGAGUCACCAGGGUGAGCACGGGCGCAUCUCUCUGAUUCGCACCACGCAGUCACGGUCGCUGUGGAUUUUCACGGUGAAAGCGAAAAUGCUGCUGCGAGCAGAGGAAUACCCCAGCCGCGGAGCUGUGAAUUUCGUGUUCAUCAGCGGCCAAGGCGUGCGUCGGUAUGCUGCCAACUGGGAAAUACGACCAGUGUCCGAGGUUGGCGCUGCUGCUACUGCUGCUGCUGCUGCUGCUGCUCCACAGCAGCAGCAACGGCCGGCUUGUUACAUGUCUCUGACGAUAGACUUUCAACCUGUUGUAUAUAUUCCGAAAAAGUGGCUCGAUGCGAUGGCCGUCAACGCGGCACGGGACGCGUUCAAAGAUAUGAUGUUGGAAAGCAGCGCACGGAUGCGUGCACGCAACUGA